AUGGCCACGGACAAGGAGAAGGAGAAGGAGAAGGAAAAGAUAGAUGCCGGACUCGCAAGCCUGAACCACUACCAGAGGAAGCUCCCGGCAUGGAGGUACAAGCUGCGCCAGAGCACCCUGCCCCUCGUCCGGUGGGAGACGCCGUACCUGGCAUGGCUGCAGGAGAGGAUACGCACGCCCUCGCUCGAUUCCUGGUUUGCCAUCACCGCGAACCUGGGGACGCAUACCUUCUACAUGGUCAUGCUGCCCAUCCUCUUCUGGAGCGGACACACGGGCGUUGGUCGGGCGGUGGUUCAUCUGCUGGCUGCCGGCGUGUUCUUCAGCGGGUUCUUGAAGGACCUACUGUGUCUGCCGCGGCCGCUUUCCCCUCCGCUGCAGCGCAUCACCAUGUCCGGCUCGGCGGCGUUGGAGUACGGCUUCCCGUCAACUCACUCGACAAACGCUGUAUCGAUAGUCGUCUACGCCCUGCACGCUCUCCGCUCGCAGUCUGACCUUGCGCCGCUCACGUCAACCUUGCUGCGAACGGGACUGUACGUCUACGUUACCUCCAUAGUCAUAGGGAGACUGUACUGCGGCAUGCACGGCUUCCUUGAUGUGGUGGUCGGCAGCCUGCUCGGAGCUCUGCUUGGCUUCAUCCAAUGCGUCUACGGGCCAAAGUUCGAUGAAUACGUCUUCUCCGGCUCGAUAAGGGAGGUCCUUGUCAUCAUUGCCGUCAUUAUUGUCCUAGUCCGUGUGCACCCGGAACCUGCAGACUCGUGUCCCUGUUUCGACGACAGCGUUGCUUUUGCUGGAGUCUUUGCCGGAGUAGAGCUUGGGAACUGGCACUUUGCAUCAACUAAAUAUUCACUCUCUGUGCCUACGCCUGGCACGGUUCCGUUUGACCUACAGCGUAUGGGUUGGAUCAAGACCGUGCUUCGCAUCGUAAUUGGCGUGACGUUUGUCGUUGUAUGGAGGGAGGUGAUGAAACCUACAUUACUCAGGGCUCUGCCGCCGCUGUUCAGGGUCAUAGAGCGGUUGGGACUCAGUCUGCCACGACGGUUCUUCAAACGUGCUACGGAGUACGGACGCAUCCCUGGCCAGCUCAAGUACGACGACGUCAUGCCCAGUGUCUCAGACAUACCGUCCAUGCUUACCUCUAUCCGCCACCCGCGACGGCGAGCCAUCUCCAUCGGCCCGCAGUCAGAAGCAGACGCCUAUGAGGCCAUUGCGUACCGGCAGGAACGUCGAAGAGCCAGUGCAGCUUCCGAGAACGGCCGGCCGUCCAUUUCAGCGCGUGAAAACGUCAAAAGUCCAAGCUUACGGCCUACUACACGCCCUAAGCGAACUGCCUCUAAUGUGUCAGACACACAGUCUCCCGCAAGGAGUCUUCAUGAUUACGAGAACAUGAUGGGAUCUGGAGCACAGGUCUACGAAGAGGGCAAUGAAAAAACCAGCAAUGCUCUUACUAAUGGUAAUGGAACAGUAACGAAUGACGAGGAUGAUGAAAAGGAUAUGUUUUUGAAGAUCACGCCACCUAGAGUGCGGUAUGAUGUAGAGGUUGUCACGAAGCUGAUUGUUUACUCCGGUAUCGGACUGGUUGCUGUGGAAGGCAGCCCCAUACUAUUCCACCUGCUGGGUCUCGACUAG